AUGGCAUCGAAUUAUCCACUCGGGUACGAUGACGAAAGAUUCCAGUCGAUAGUGAACCAAAAUUUCCACUGUUUGAUUUGCUAUAACGUAUUGAAAGACCCCGUGAUGUGCCGCAAAAACGAGCACCAUUUUUGUCGUGGCUGCAUCACAGAACAUCUUCGCAGGAAUUCCCAUACAUGCCCAACGUGUGCUGACGAGCUGAGUGUCGAAACAUUGCAAGACGUUCCAAGAUUUGUGAGGAAUUACUUAAACGAACUAAGUAUACGUUGUGAUCAUUACGACAGAGGAUGUCGAGAACUCGUACAGCUGCAGAAUUUAAAGCGACAUGUCGCCGAAUGCAGGUUUACUCCAGUCGUUUGUGGAAAUCAAGGUUGUGGUGAGACAAUCAGUAAAAGAGAUGGUACAUAUCACGAGAGUGAACAGUGUAAAUUUAGAAAGUUGAAGUGUCACAACUGUGGAGAAAUCAGCACGAUUAUGGCAGGAAUGGAAAAGGAAGUCGCAAACCUGAACACGAAGAUGGCGAACAUCAACACGAAUCACGCAAACACGAAUACGAACCUGACAAAUAUUAGAACGGAAAUAGCAGAUGUGAAAACGGAAAUGGAAAAUAUCAACACGAACCAGGCAGAGAUGCAAACGAAAUUGGCAAACAUGAACACGAACAUGGGUAAUAUUAAGACGGAAAUAGCAGAUGUAAAAACGGAAAUGGCAAAGACCGACACGAAAGUGGAAAACCUGAACACGAAAAUGACAAACUUGCACGCAAACGUGGAAGUGAAGUUCGAAGCGAUGAAUAAUGAAGUGAGAGGAAUGAAAAUGAGUUUAAAUGAAGUAAAAGAUGGUUUUGAUCACUUGAAAGAAGCAAGUGGCGGGAGGAGAGAAAAUCAACAUAUAUUUGUUGCUGGUGGUGCGAGGAGAAACUCGGUAGAAAUAUUUAACAACCGUCAGAAAUUGUGGUCUUUAUUAAAGUCCAUGCCAGGGAAUCGUAACAGCGCAUCUUCAUUUGUUUAUAAUAAUCAUGUGACUGUAGCGGGAGGUUGGUGUGCUGCUGCUCUAGAUAACAUGUUCCGAAUGAACAUUCACCCAGUUCCUGACCUCCCAAUUACCUGGAGUGAUUUCGCUGCCAAACUCCCUGCCAAGAUGUGUGGACACAGCAGUGUGGUGUACAAGGAUAGCUUGUUGGUUACUGGAGGUUAUGAUGAAGACCAAGAUGUCUACUCUGACUGUAUUCAUGAAGUCCGACUUAAACCACCUUACACUGUUAAACUAGUAUCCAAGAUGCCUGAACCGAGAGUUCAUCACAGCACAGUACUGUGUGAUGAUAGUAUUUUGAUCGUUGGGGGAAGGAAAUCAGGGAACUGCAAAGACAACCUCAGCAGUGUGUUAAGCUAUGACAUCAAGAAGAAUGAAUGUCAACAGUUACCUGCACUUCCCUAUCCAGUGAGUCAAAUGGCGACAGUCAAGUGGGCUGAGAAUGUCGUGAUCAUUGGUGGGGCUGACAAGGAUCAUGGUAAAGCAUUAAACAAUGUUACAAUUUAUAAUAUCAAGACUGGAAACAGUUAUAUGUUGCCUCCCAUGUUACACAAGAGGAGAGGGUGUAUGGCAGUUGUUAUUGAGAAUACAAUUGUAGUACUAGGAGGCGAGGAUGAAAAAUGGAAUGUGUUGAAAUCAGUUGAAGGUUUCAAUUUUGAGCGAUUUUCAUGGCAGGAACUUCCUGACAUGAAGGAAGACAGAUACCUGGGUACAGCUGUUGUGAUUUAG